AAAUUGCAGUCUCGUGUGGUUUUCUGAGCUUGGGCUUUUUUUUUCUUUCCCUUUAUUUUCUUGUGUCGGAGUAGCUCUGGGGGUCAUUCUGCCAUGUCACAGUCCACCAGUAACAAGAACGACUCUCACUCCGGGCCUAGCCAGUUGAGCUCGAUUGAGUCUUUAGUCGCAACUCGUAACGAUGGGAAAAAACACCUUCUCCUAGCGGCAUCGGGCUCCGUGGCCACUAUCAAGCUUCCCGUCAUUAUCAAUGCCCUGGCCAAGUACGAGGGCGUUCUCUCGAUCCGCAUCGUCCUGACCGAAUCAGCCACGCACUUCCUUGCCGGCCAGAACUCCGAACAACCCACCGUCGCCUCGCUGCUGGAGCUGCCCAAUGUCGAAGCGGUCUAUCGAGAUCAUGACGAGUGGGGUCCUCAGUCGUGGCGGCGGGGCGCCAGUAUCUUGCAUAUCGAAUUGCGCAGAUGGGCCGAUCUGCUCGUGGUGGCACCACUCAGUGCGAACACGUUGGCUAAGGUGGUCAACGGCAUGUCCGACAAUCUGCUCACCUCCGUCAUCCGCGCGUGGGACACCGACAGCAGCAUCGACAUGAAAAAGAAGCUCAUCCUCGUCGCUCCAGCCAUGAACUCGGCUAUGUGGAGACACCCCAUAACUGCGAAGCAGAUCCGCGUGCUCAAAGAAGACUGGGGCGUCAAGGAGGAACCGGAAUCCGGCGUUGGUGACUCGCUCUCUAAUAUUGGGUGGUUCAAGGUUAUCACGCCAAUCAGCAAAACACUUGCAUGCGGCGACACUGGAGGCGCCAUGGCAUCGGUCGAGACCAUUUGCGAGGAGAUCGAGCAGAGUCUGGGGCUUUGACACUCGGACAGGUCGCAUUUGGAGAGGGUUUCAAUGCACAUGAGGCUGGGCGCAUAGGACUAAGGAGCAGUGGUGUCACAUUAUUAUUGGUUCCAGAGCAAAAGAACUUAAUCGAUCCCCUCCUUUUUCGUUCCUUCUCAAAAGCCUCUUUUCCUCGAGCAAUCUACGCCGCGGCGGGAGAAGA